AUGACCGACACCGAUGAGGCCGGAGGUUCUCAGUCCCAAUUAGGUCGAGCACACGCCUACCUCGACUUUCUGGCGGAUCAGGAGAGACAGCAAGCUGGGUGUCAGGACCCCCUUAUCAUGACGGACGACGACGGUGGUGGUGCCGGCACCGACACUGAUGCCACCAACGACACUGCACUGAGACUGGUGCUGAUGAUGUUGCUAACUACAGCACGGAAGAAUGAAAAUUCGAAGAAGCUGCUCCUAACUAGGUUGCACGCAAGAUUCCUGUUCCCUGGUCGGAAUGACGAUGUCGACCCAUGGGAUGAUGAUGCCAUGAAAAAAAUCAACAACAAAGCCCUAGGGAAGUUCAGCAACGCAUUGAGCGCUUGGAAAACUAGGGUUAAAAAGGCAAUUGAAGUAGACCAUGAAACCUACGCUGAGAUUUUUGCAAACAAUCCAAAAAUUAUGCUAGAGGACUUUGAAAAGUUCAAGGAGACUUGCAAUGAAGAAGCUGCCAAGGCCAGGUCGGAAAGAGGCAAGCAGCUGGAGGCAAAGAACAUGGGGAACCACCGCCUUAGAAGUCGUGGUUACACGGGAAAGAGGCCCGUGUGGGCUAAGGAGGACGCAGAACGUGAACGUCAGGGGAUCCAAGACCCAUUGGCUGAGUUCACCGACCAGCAGGAGCACGACUUCAUCAGGGCCCGAUUCUCAUGGGAUCCCAAAAAAAGAUUUUUUUUCAACGACGAGCCGACUAGGAAAUUCAUGAGAUUACUGGAAGAAGAAGAAGAAGAAGACGAAGAAGAAGAAGAAGAAGAAGAAGAAGAAGAAGAAGAAGAAGAAGAAGAAGAAGAAGAAGAAGAAGAAGAAGAAGAAGAAGAAGAAGAAGAAGAAGAAGAAGAAGAAGAAGAAGAAGAAGAAGAAGAAGAAGAAGAAGAAGAAGAAGAAGAAGAAGAAGAAGAAGAAGAAGAAGAAGAAGAAGAAGAAGAAGAAGAAGAAGAAGAAGAAGAAGAAGAAGAAGAAGAAGAAGAAGAAGAAGAAGAAGAAGAAGAAGAAGAAAAAGAAGAAGAAGAAGAAGAAGAAGAAGAAGAAGAAGAAGAAGAAGAAGAAGAAGAAGAAGAAGAAGAAGAAGAAGAAGAAGAAGAAGAAGAAGAAGAAGAAGAAGAAGAAGAAGAAGAAGAAGAAGAAGAAGAAGAAGAAGAAGAAGAAGAAGAAGAAGAAGAAGAAGAAGAAGAAGAAGAAGAAGAAGAAGAAGAAGAAGAAGAAGAAGAAGAAGAAGAAGAAGAAGAAGAAAAAAAAGAAGAAGAAGAAGAAGAAGAAGAAGAAGAAGAAGAAGAAGAAGAAGAAGAAGAAGAAGAAGAAGAAGAAGAAGAAGAAGAAGAAGAAGAAGAAGAAGAAGAAGAAGAAGAAGAAGAA